AUGAGAGACAGACACAAAGAGGACAGAGUGUACAAGGAUGCUCUCUGGCUGCAGUGUGGAUUUCAGUCACAUUUCGUGGACCGGAUCCUCGUGCUCCCCUGGGAGCCCUGUCAGCCGCGAACACACCAGCUCUGUCUUUUACAGGAGACCUUUGAUCUGGAUGUGCUUUUCAAUGUGUUCCUGCCACCCAUCAUCUUCUAUGGAGCUUACACCCUGGAUCAGAGACGAUUUAUUGCCAACUUGGGAUCUGUGCUGACCUUCGCCUUCUUUGGUACUCUGAUCAGCUGUUUCUGCAUUGGGGUCUGCAUCUACGGCGUCACCAGGCUGAUGGUGCUGUUGGGCCAAGCUGCAGAUGGAGAUUACUCCUUCGUUGACUGCCUCCUGUUUGGUGCAAUCACCUCAGCCACAGACCCCGGUAUUUGA